CAGUGUACGUCAACCGUCACGUCAAACCCGUCAACGGUGGACGCGAUACCCAGAUUUUAUUUCCACACAAAACUCUGUCCUUGUUUUCUUACUCCAACAUCGACGUCGUUCUUCGGGUUCAUCGUGCAACGUUCAAUCAAGCCGACGGAGUCGCUCUCAGGCUUGCCAACAUAUGCCGGUCGCGUUCAAUUUAAGUACUCGUUCAAAUACUAACGUUAAACUUGCUUCCGUGGUCGCUUUAAACCAAACGCGAUUCAAGAAUCUCCGAUAGGCAAACUUUCCGUCCUGUAUUACUCGUUCAUCGGCAUCACUUGCCGAAGAUCAAGAUCGUGAUUUGAUACCUCACGCAACCUAAAUCGGUAAUCCCAUUCGUGAGACCUUCCAACAUCUCUGCAGGUGGGAUUAUAAUACUUGGUGAUGGUACAAUCACAACGCCUAUUAUGAGAAAAGAAGUACUGCUUAACUACCUGUAUUUCUGUGCCCUGUCAAUAUUAUCUCAAUCAGCUAGCUGUCUAACUCACACAUUGGAUUCAGCCACCAGGUAAAUAUGGUCCUGAGAAAUUGAUCACAGAAUAUUAAUUUUAGAUUUUACUGGACUUCAAGAAAACAUUAGCAGAUCGAUUAUUAGUAAAUGACAUUCAAAAACGUACAUCAACGUUUCACUCCAGUGUAGUUCCUUUUUAAUAACUGAAGCCGUCUCAAGAAAAUGUCGAUUUGUAAUUCUUGAGAUGUUUAAUCUUGAACAUUUUAUCAAUUUAAUCUUUGAUAUGAACGUAAAUUUCACAUUUACUUGUACUGUAUUCCAGUAACGAUACUAACGCGGUGUACAAUAAAAGUUCGUAAUCAAAUAACGAUACCUUAAAUCAUUCCGAUGAUACUUGUAAUAUUAAAUUCGUUUGAAGCUCCUCUGGCAGUCAGGUCUACCAUAACUUGAAACUAAAAGAAAACACGAGACGGAUGAGCGAUGAAACGGAUCAAAACAUUGAAUAUGGUCAGCUAACCAACAAGCAAGACAUUAGCAAUGUUAACGCAGUACCGAUUCGUCGAAAGCGGGCAAUUCGAGACGCGGGGAGUGCCGUCCCUCUUGGUGGGUCGUCAAAUCCUUCCCGCAAGGCAGGGCUGAUUUCCGGAAAGCAACGAUUCAAGAAGGCCAAUCAUCCAAUUGAUGGCAAUGCUGGAAAGCUGUUAAACGACAAAGGGGAUCUGAAAAGGAAUUCUCCCGCGAAAUUCGAUGGUUCGGGAGAUCGUGCUGAUCAGGAUAAGAGAGAUCUUCGCAAGCAACAAACCACAUCUUCGGAAUUGUCGCAAUCCAGGGAGGAGGAUAAAGUAAAGUCCAGUAAAAAGGAAGGGAAGAGAAAUUCCUAUUCAAUGAAAACAAUGAAGCCGAAAUCCAGGGCAAUUAAGCAGAGUGAUCUCAUGACUCGGAGCUCUCUUGCAAAGGUGAGAGGCCUCGUACACGACAAAGGUGGUUAUUCUGCUGUAAAAGAUGACGCAAAAUUGCACGAGUCGGAGUUUGACAGCAAAAACCUCGGGGAUGAAGCCGACCUUGAACAAAAAUCUACAGAGUAUGAAGAAACGGGUGAUGAUGAAGACUUAGAAGCACCGAUUGGCUACAAAGAAAAUGCACCGGAAGUUUCGCAGAACAGUGAAGAGUCUGAAAAAGUUGAUCUCCCUCAGAAUUCAGCGGAAGAUGAUGAUUUUUAUAAUCAAGAAGUCGAUAAAAGAGAAGCAGAAGUCUUAGAAGAAGAAUACGAGGGUGUCGAUGAUCAAGACGAACCGUACGGGGAUACCGACGAAACGGAUGAUUCUAACGUCCAGGGCGCAAAGAUUAGACCAGAAACGUCACUUUCAGAAAAGGCCGAAAAAUCCGAUAGCCGGGUGAAGAGACACGACACCGAAGCCAAUGGAGGUAGUUCUGAAAAAAAUGACACAACUAACCUGAGCGACGAUGCAAAAAGACCUCUGGAGCGUCUUGGAAACCUGGGUGAGGAAUCUCUUGAUAAUUUGAAACGGGAAACAGAUGAAAAUUCAGUCGCGGUAUCAUCGAGUUCCAGCCACGAAGCACAAGAAGACACUCUGAAAGGCCGGGAAGAAACAAAUGAAAGCUUAAAACAAGAAUCGAUGAAUGUUGAUACAAAAUCCGACGCAAGCGUGGACUGGGAUGCGAAAAGAACCGGGGACUCUUUUAGUGAUGAUAUGAAGAAGGAAUCUAAAAACUUCGCUAAUGAUGACCUGGACACUGAUUACGAGAAAAGAGUCGAGCAACAGAUCCAACAGAGGAUAGACUCAAUAAAAGAAGAAAUCAAACGGGGUGUAGAAGAGAAGCAAAAAAUACGCGAAAUCGAAGUGAACAAUGCAAAGUAUGAUGCAAUGCAGAGCGAGGAUGAAGAGGACGAGGUUGAGAAUAAUCAAAGUUUAGAUGCACCAAGCGAGCGGAAAAGUGUUUCAAAACGAUCAAUCAUCGACGGGAUUCGAAGGCCACACCAAAAGGCUAAACGACAUAUUUUAAAAAGAGUAAAACGCUCGAGCACCGCAGAUGAAAGACAAUUGCGUGCUAUCGAAGGUGUCGAAACCCUGGAUCCCGACGUCCUUGUGAAGGCUAAGCUGCGCCACGAAAGCAUACGCAAACGGUCUGCGCCAACUUACGGCGCAACUGACGAGGACGCUUCCAAAAUGUCGAGAUUCCCAAUCAAAAAAAGCAUCGUCCCACGCCAAGUUUACCUCGUCAAGAGUGAGCCGCAAAUAUCAUCAAGAACGAACAACCGAGAAAUCAGGAAUCCGAUAAUCAUACCCGAACAAGCACAGGCUAAUAUCGAUGAUGAACUGCCACCAGGUGUAUCAUUGGACCAGAGUUUACUCGAGGACACUUCUUCUGCUGUUAAUAAUAGACUCAAACGUAGUCCAGAACGGUUUGCGCGGCGCAGACGUGCUAGCGCAGUUAUUCCUGAAAGCGGAGUCGCCUUCCUUGGAUACAGACCACAGGACGACGACGAGAUUGACGAAGGAAGUGAGUUUGAUGAUGACAGCUUCGAGGACGGAAGUCCGCACCUUGCAGAGGACAGAUCAAGCUACGCCGAACCCUACGCUAUUCGUGCCCAGUACCGUGGUGACGAAGCCAGAAAUGAAAGCCCAUCUGAGUUCCUUUUCACUGGUGGCGAGGAUGAGCAAACUGACUUUCGGAUGCGGCGCAAGCGCGGUGAAAUUGACGAAGAUGAGCAACCAGUUCGACUUCAUGGAGGUGGAGCUCUUGCCAGACGGCAAGCGAAGGCGAAGUCAAAUCAGAUGCAAUCAUCACGGAUCACGUCAAGAAAGAACGUGAUGGAAAGAGAUAAGCGGCACUCGGUAAACAUGAUUGACGAAACAAAGUCUGAUUCCGUGGCAUCUUUGGUGGGCAGCUCACAGGAAUUGAGCCCUCGACUGGCGUCCGAAUAUCGAGAAGCCUUCGGCGGCCUGCAAAGUGAUCCUGGCGGGGGGCUUGCCAGAUUUAAACGUGUCAAGCGUGCUGUUCUUCGCAGCUCCUAG